AUGAAAGAGGGACUGCGAACAAGUCAGGGAAGAAGAGACUACCAAAAGAUGCUGAGAAGAAGGGAAACACUUUUCAAAAAAGCCACCGAAUAUGACGUCCAGUGCGAUGCAGACAUUCAACUAGUUGUGCGGAUGAGGAAGACAGGUCAGAUUGUGAUUCUGACUACCAAUUCAAAAGGAUGGCCGCUAUCUGCAGAGCAGCUGGAGUCAAAUCACCCACAGCCAAUUUGGAAAACGACGGGCGAAUUUGCCGGCCAAAAGGGAUCCUGGGACGGCGCAAAUACUAACACUUCGGACGGCUCUGAAAUAAUUGGGCGAACACCAACGGGUCAAAACUACCCGCGUCAAAGCUGA